GCUCUACUUUUCCCAUUUUCUCUACUCAUUGUUCUCAAAAUGGAAAAAAGGGACAAAAAUUACUUUAAGAGAAUGUAAAUAGGUUAAUUUUGAUGUAUCCUAUCAUAGUUUAACAAAAAAAUUCAUUCCUAUAUUCAGCUUGCAAUAGUUAAAAUUCUAAAAAAUUCAAAUAAGAAAGUUGCGGGAGCUGGAAUGUCCAUAGUUUAUAUAAUCCUCAUGUCAAUGGUCAACAACACAGUGGAUGUCGAAUGAAAGUUCAAAAAGGAUUAGACAUUUUACAAGUUGGUUGGAGAGUGGAUCCGACUCUAUAUAAAGAUACUAAAACUAGACUUUUUGUGCAUUUUCAGGCUGGUAAUACACAUUGUUUCAACACAUUAUGUCCGGGAUUUGUACAAGUAAACAAUAAAAUACCUAUUGAUAUGGCGUUCAAUGGGGUUUCACGCCGUGGAGAUAAGAUAUCAUGGGAGUUCAGAAUGAACAUAGAUCGGGAACUAGUCAAAGGAAAUUGGUGGCUUAUACUUGGAAAAAGCAAUAUACAAGUUGGGUUUUGGCCUCAAAACAUUUUCACUAGCUUGAGAAGCUUUGCUGAUAACGUCAAGUGGGGAGGAGUCACGUACAACCCACCAGGUGUGCCUGAACCUCCAAUGGGCUCAAGUUUUUUUCCCAUAGGAAGAACCAAUUAUGAUGCUUACUGUAGGAGACUUAUCGUAGUAAAUGAAAAAGGUGAGACAAUAGAUGUGGAUAAGACGACUAUAUAUGCUGACGAUCCUAAUUUGUAUCGUGUAAGAGAUUACCCACAACCUGACCAACACUUUGUACUUUAUGGGGGACCUGGAGAGAGCCGAAAAGUCUAAACUGGUUACUUAAUAGUUGAUGAUAGUUACUUUCUAUGUCAAAAAAUAUAA